AUGUUUGGGGUAACACCUGGCAUCGCUGUUCUGGGAAUUGUGGGCAACACCCUGAGUAUCAUGAUUCUACUCAAACACGGUCUCCACAAGUGUUCGAACAUCUUACUGGUCAGCCUGGCGGUCGCUGAUAUUGUUUUUCUUGUCGCUUACAACAGCAUCCCCAAGAUCAUCUACGAGACGUCGUCUGUUCGGGGUUUCGACGGCUUCUCUGAACGCGACUCCAUAAUCCUGAACGUGUUUUACUCCAUCUUCAUGAGUUUGGACUUCUCCUCCAGCAUGGUGUCCCUGACGAUGCCAAUGUUGAUCACCCUUGAGAGAUUGAUCGUAAUAUUCUUCCCGUUAAGCGCCUUCCGUAUCGUGACGCCCCGGAGCACAUGGUGUGCAGUGAUCAUUGUCGUCGUGUACUCGCAGUGUCUCUUCGUGUAUCCCAUGGCUUGGUUUGAUUUGAACUACCUGUGGGACAAAAGGUACAACAGGACCAUAGGCUACAGAGAUUUCUCCCCUUUACACACGAGGGACGCUGUGGCCGUGAGGGUCAUCGAAGACAUGUGCGUCUACUCAAUCAGCGUGAUCCCUCCUUCGUUUACGGUGGCCGGGUGCAUCGUCAUCUCGGUCAAGGUCAAACUUGUGUCGAUCCAACGGAAAAAGAUGACGUCAAAGGAAGUGUCCUCCAACAGAACCACGAAGAUGCUGCUGGCAGUUUGUGCCGUCUACACAGUGACCUGCGCCAUCUUGACCGUCCCCAUCAACGUGCCGGUCAUUUCAUAUGGUCCCUUUUCUGAGACACACCCUUCUAACAUCGCAAUCGUCAUGUACCAGGUGAUGAACAUCUUUAUCUGUAUCAACAGUUCAUGUAACUUUAUCAUCUACGUCGGACUCAACAAAAACUUUAGGAAAACGUAUGCAGAGCUCUUC